AUGCUGUUCCUCACAGACUGGACACUGGAGAUGCCCAUGCUGGACAAGACAGUCUUCCGGACUGUGGCCGCUUCCACGCUGUUGCUUUCUCUUCUGGUUCUGCUCUUCCGUCUCCUCCUGAAGGCCUUUCGCUUUUGCCACCACUGUUAUGUCAAUUACCAGAGACUGCGGUGCUUCCCACAGCCCCCACGUUACAACUGGCUCCUGGGACACCUGGGCAUGGUCUUGCCGAGUGAGGAGGGCAUGGUCCAAGUAUCCCAGCUGGUCUCCACCUUUCCCCAGGCCUUUGUGACAUGGAUAGGGCCCUUCUUGCCCAUCCUUUCCUUGGUUCAUCCUGAUUACAUCAAGCCUAUUGCAACAGCCUCAGUUGACGUUGCUCCGAAAGACGAACUCUUCUAUGGCUUCCUGAAGCCCUGGCUUGGGGAUGGACUACUUCUGAGUAGCGGGAAGAAGUGGGGACGCCACCGGCGCAUGCUGACCCCGGCCUUUCACUUUGACAUCCUGAAGCCCUACCUGAAAAUCUUCAACCGGAGCACCAACAUCAUGCACGACAAGUGGCGCAAGCUCACCACCGGUGGUGCAGCCUCGAUGGACAUGUUUGAGCAGAUCAGCCUCAUGACUUUGGACAGCUUGCAGAAAUGCGUCUUCAGCUAUGACAGCAACUGCCAGGAGAAAUCAAGCGACUACAUUGCAGCCAUCUUGGAGCUCAGUUCCCUCGUAGUGAAUCGGCAUCAACGCCUUCUCUACCACUUUGAUCGCUUUUACUACCUGACAGUCGAAGGCCGCCGCUUCCGUCGUGCUUGUGACAUUGUACACAGCUUCACGGCUGAUGUGGUCCAGCGGCGGCGAGUGGCGCUGAGCCAAAUGGGGCAGGAUGCCUGGCUCUGCUCUAGACAGGGCAAGACCAUGGACUUCAUUGAUGUUCUACUGCUAGCCAAGGAUGAAAAGGGAUGUCACCUGUCUGAUGAAGACAUUGCAGCUGAGGCUGAGACCUUCAUGUUUGAAGGACACGACACCACCGCAAGUGGGCUGUCAUGGGUUCUGUACAAUCUGGCUCGACACCCCGAGUAUCAAGACCAGUGCCGGGAGGAGAUUCUGGACCUGCUACAAGGCCGAGAGAUGGAAGAGAUUGAAUGGGAAGACUUAUCACAGAUGCCGUUCACCACCAUGUGCAUUAAGGAAAGCUUGCGCCUCCACCCACCAGUCACCGUCGUGUCUCGCCGCUGCACCAAGGAUGUGAAGCUGCCUGAUGGGAGGGUUAUCCCCAAAGGGACUAUCUGCCUUAUCAGUAUCUAUGGGACCCACCAUAACCCUGCUGUUUGGCCUCAGCCUGAGGUCUAUAACCCGUAUCGCUUUGACCCGGGGACCAGCCAGACCCAACUCCCACUGUCCUUUGUGCCCUUUUCAGCAGGACCCAGGAACUGCAUCGGGCAGAACUUUGCCAUGUCGGAGCUGAAAGCAGCGCUGGUGCUGACUCUGCUGCGAUUCAGAGUGUGGCUGGACGAGAGCCAACCAGUGCGGCGCAAGCCGGAAUUAAUCCUGCGUGCAGAGAAUGGCCUGUGGCUGCAGGUGGAGCCACUGCAGGCGGGACCAUGCCUUCGCGCCCGCACGUACCGUAGUAGCAGGGAGCACGACGGCGCGAACGACCCUAAUCUCGCUGGCCAGAGACGCGUCCUGACGCCGCAGGACCUUCCGCGGUGGCUCCCCAGCAGCAGGCGGCGGGGGCGGCGGCGGCGCCACGCGUGUCUCCUCGAGGUCCCGCGCGGGCCCUUUUCUCUCCUCCCGCGGGCCGCGGCGGCCGCUUCAGGCCCUCGCAGGGUCCGUUGUAGAAGGGGGGCCGGAAGUGGGCGUGAAGCGGAAGUGCUGGGUCCAAGCGCGGGGCAGGGCCGCUCUGGGACUCCGGAGGGGGCGUCGGCGGCGUGGCUUGGCGUGGCGGCCCCUCGGCAGCCAGGCAGGCAGGCAGGCAGGCCCGUCGGCCCGCCCCUUCCGGCCCGGUGUCCGGAAGUGCGGCUUGAAGGAGGAAGCACCAACAACCCCCCCCUCCUGCCGCCGCCGCCUCCGCCGCCUCGUAGCGCCUCUCCCUUCGCUCCGCCCGCGGCCAGCCGGGGCCUGCGCGGCUCUGCUCUGCUCUGCCUGCCUGGAGCCGGGGCGCGUGCUGCUCGUGGCCGCAGCACCCUGAGCGCCAGGCCCGCCCGCCCCGCCGCCGCCGCCGCCUCCGCGUGCCCGGGCCAGCUGCUGGCCGGAGCGGCGUGGGAGGGGAGGCCUCUCUCCGCCGGUAGGUGGACGCGCACGGCGGUGCCUGCUACUGAACCCGACCCACCCCCCACCCCCCACCCCCGGGUCCGUCGGGGUCAGCCUCGCCUGCUCCGGCCGGCAGCCGGCCUCCGGGGCAGGGAGAGGUCUGUUCACAGCACCGGCCCGCCCGGCCCCUUGAACUGGGAGCGCCGUUGGGGAGUGAGCCGGGGACCCGCCCGCCCGCCCAGCAGAGGCUCCGCCGCUGAGCCCCACAGCCGCCCUCCCCAGGUGGCUGGCUGGCUGGCUGGCUGGCUCGCUUGCAGCAGCGGCAGCACACGCCCCGGGCCCCCCCCCGGCCCCCCCGGGCCCCAGGCGCGGCAGGGAGCUCCAGGAAUCCUCCUCGUGCUUCCCUUCGGGGGCUGUAGCCCAGUGACAUUCCCGAGCCUCCUGCCCUGCAAGACCUCGGUGGGGAUGGCAGGUCUUCCUUCGCCUCCCUUUUCCCUGCUGUGCCGGGGACAGCUAGUGGCCGCUACCACACCUCCGCGCAAAGACACCCUCUUGCAUGGGGCGCCCUUAACAGCUGAUCACGCCGCCUGCUCCUUUGGCCAGGAGCCGCCACGGGGUAGCGCCCAGGAAGCACCAGCAGCGCUCUUGUGA